CUUUUUUUUUUUUAAUUUUUGUACAUCUUCUCAACCUUUCAAUUUUUAAAACACAAGAUCCAUAGUAGCCAUAUCAUAAAAUCUUCACAAAACACUUUCUGAUACAAAAGAAACAAAAACCUUAGUCAUUUGUUUUCCCAUAUGUUGAGCCAUUUUGGUUGUGGAACUUUCCAUCAUGAAGCUGAUGAUGAACUACCAUGCCCAACUCCAAGAAAAUCCAAAACUAAGAAGGACAAUCCCUUUUCGACACGUGGACUCGACAAAUUCUCUGCACUCUUAGCUGAUCUUGAUGAGAAGAGGCAGAGGAUUUACUCACAGAUGAACCCUCAUGAAAUUUCAUUUGUUAGGUUUGUAUAUUCUAGCACCAAUGAUUUUGUUCCUAUAGUUGUGAAGGUGAAGAACAACAACAAGAGCCAAGAACUCAAAGUGAUGAAACCAAGAAAGUUAGAUCAUCAUCAUCCUCAUCAAAGUGACAAGCCCACAGUUGAAUCAAGUGAAAUUGUGGAUGAAUCAAAGCAACCCAAGUUGGAAAAUGGUGAUAAGAAGGUGAAAAAGAAGAGAUUGAAUUGGAAUUUGAAGAGUUUUGAUAUGUGGAAGCCAUGUUUCUAUGUUCCAAUGGUUAUGAUACUAAUCUUGGUGUUGUUGACAAUGUUUGGGAGAUCAGUUUCAACACUUUGCACUUGCAUUUUGUGGUAUGUGAUCCCUGCACUGAAGGGUAGUAAUAGAUCAUCAUCAAAUUCAAGGAUGUUGCCGAAGAAUUCGAAGAAGAAAGAUUAUGCUAGAGGGGUAAGUGAGACCAAGAAGAUUGUAAUCAAUGAAGGGUUGGUGAAUGAAGAAAAAGUGAAGAUUAAGAAAGAGUAGGUUAGAGGUUGGAGUGAGAAUAAGAUGAACACAGAUGGUUUAAUGUCUCCAAGGAUUUCUAUUGGUGAUUCUAAUGAUGAAGUUUCUAAGAACAAGUCUUCAGCAAAACACAGCCAUAAGAAAAGCUGGUGAAGAUUGUAAUUUUCUGUUUUUCAUUUCAUAAUUACCCUUUCUUUCUCUUUUUUUUUCUUUUUGCUUUUUGUUCAAGGAAAUUUUCAGUCUUUUUUUUUUCCUGGAGUGGGAAUAGGAUUUUGAUGCUGUGAAUUAUAGUAGUGUAAAUUUCAAUCUUGGUUGAAAAGUUUCAAUGCUUCAAAUGUCAAUCAUUUAUUACUUGUUUUGAGUGUAAAAGGAUAUAAGCUAAGUGGUAAUAUCCUUUCAUGUUA